GUAUUUGGACACAUAUCAGGAUCUCAUAUAAAUCCAAUUGUUACCGUUGCUGCGGCAGUUUUGGGAAACAUUUCGCUUAUUCAAGUACCAAUUCUUAUUGUGGGACAGUUUUUAGGAGCUAUACUCGGUUUUGGACUCCUGAUGGCUGUCACACCAGAAAACCUGAUGGGCAACGUCUACCACAACGUUUCUGGUGAAAUGGUGAAACAAGGUGUAGGAGUAUGUUCCCCAAUGGUCAACCACGCCAUAACACCAGCUCAAGGAUUACUCGUGGAGUUUCUCAUUUCCCUGAUUCUAGUUCUGACUUGUUGUGGAGUGUGGGACGCCAGAAAUAGUGACAAACAUGAUUCAGUUCCAAUUCGCUUCGGAUUAAUGAUUGCCGUUUUAGCCAUGGCCGGGGGACCUUAUACUGGAGCAAACAUGAAUCCUGCAAGAAGUUUCGCACCAGCUUUGAUGAAUGGGGAUUGGAAAGAUCAUUGGGUCUAUUGGGUUGGUCCUCUUGCUGCAGGAUUUUUCGGAGCGUUGUUAUAUCGUUUAAUAUUCACGAAAGAAGUUCCAUCAUCAAAGGAAACCAUACCAGAAGCUAUUGCACUGACCCAGAAACCAUAGACUCAUCAUACACAUAAUUAGGAAAUCUCAAGAACUGCCCAGUUGUUUUGUUAUGAAUUUUUAUUCAAAAUUAUAUUUUGUUACAAAUC